CAAACCCUCCUCCUCGGACGCUCCUGCAUACUCCACACAAACGCAUACCAGUCCAUGAAAGUCCACAUCAAACACUGGAGCGCAGUCGCUCAAUGGCGCUGGAACACAGGAAACACAAACCACGAUCAAGACGACGAAGGCGACGUCUGUGGGAUCUGUCGCGUCCCGUAUGAGGGGUGCUGUCCGUCGUGUAAAACGCCAGGAGAUGACUGUCCUUUGAUCUGGGGCGAAUGCAGUCACGUAUUCCACAUGCACUGUUUGCUCAAAUGGCUAGGAACGGCUGCUUCGAAACAGCAGUGUCCUAUGGAUCGACGUGCUUGGGUCACUGCUGAGCGAAAAGCGAAUGAGUUGCCUGCGAGUUAGAUACUGGCUGUGAUCUCGGUCCCGACCCCACAUUAGACUACCCCUGUAUCAACAUACGGACGCAUUGUAUACAUUUUCAUUUUCAUUGAAGAUUUCCGCCUCCA